GGCGCCCCCGAAUGACGUCAGAAGCGGGCGCCAACGCCGCAGGUACCAGCGCUCCGCGCCUGCGCUCUGCCCAGGCCGCGGCGGAGAGCUCGGCCGGGAGCUUGGGGACCCGAGCGCGGCAGCUGGGGCCAAGUGUGAGUCUCUAGCGGAGGCGUCGCUGCGCCGUGGACCAUGAACCGCAGCCGCCAGGUGACGUGCGUGGCCUGGGUCCGCUGCGGCGUGGCCAAAGAGACGCCAGACAAGGUAGAGCUUAGUAAAGAAGAAGUGAAACGUCUCAUUACUGAAGCAAAGGAAAAAUUACAAGAAGAAGGUGGCAGUGAUGAAGAGGAGACAGGUGAUCCUUCAGAGGAUGGCAUGCAGAGUGCCCGUACCCAGGCCCGACCACGGGAGCCCCUGGAGGAGGGCGACCCAGAGGAUGACAGGACGCUGGAUGAUGAUGAGCUGGCCGAGUACGACUUAGAUAAAUAUGAUGAGGAGGGCGACCCAGAUGCUGAAACUCUUGGUGAAUCUCUCUUGGGUCUUACAGUCUAUGGGAGUAAUGAUCAAGAUCCUUAUGUUACUCUGAAAGAUACGGAGCAAUAUGAACGUGAUGAUUUCUUGAUCAAGCCCAAUGACAAUCUCAUAGUUUGUGGCAGAGCUGAACAGGACCAAUGCAAUUUAGAGGUGCAUGUUUAUAAUCAAGAAGAAGAUUCUUUUUAUGUCCACCAUGAUAUCCUGUUGUCUGCAUACCCUUUGAGUGUGGAAUGGCUGAAUUUUGAUCCUAGCCCAGAUGAUUCAACUGGAAAUUACAUUGCUGUGGGAAACAUGACCCCUGUUAUUGAAGUGUGGGACCUUGAUAUAGUGGACUCUUUAGAGCCAGUCUUCACACUUGGAAGUAAGCUAUCAAAAAAGAAGAAAAAGAAAGGAAAAAAGAAUUCCUCAGGAGAUGGGCAUACCGAUGCUGUCCUUGACCUUUCUUGGAAUAAGCUCAUCAGAAAUGUGCUGGCCAGUGCAUCAGCUGAUAACACUGUUAUUCUGUGGGACAUGUCCUUGGGGAAACCAGCAGCUAGCCUUGCUGUACACACAGACAAGGUCCAGACUCUCCAGUUUCAUCCAUUUGAAGCACAAACUCUGAUUUCUGGAUCAUAUGAUAAGUCAGUGGCUUUGUACGACUGCCGAAGUCCAGAGGAAAGCCAUCGAAUGUGGCGAUUCAGUGGGCAGAUCGAGAGAGUGACCUGGAAUCACUUUUCACCUUGUCAUUUUUUGGCCAGUACAGAUGACGGCUUUGUAUAUAAUUUGGAUGCACGUUCAGAUAAGCCAAUCUUUACACUUAAUGCACACAAUGAUGAAAUUUCUGGUCUUGAUCUAAGCAGUCAAAUCAAGGGCUGUCUUGUGACUGCAUCAGCGGACAAGUAUGUGAAGGUUUGGGACAUAUUAGGAGAUAGGCCAAGUCUAGUUCACUCUAGGGACAUGAAAAUGGGAGUUCUCUUCUGUUCUUCCUGUUGCCCUGAUUUGCCAUUUAUUUAUGCCUUUGGAGGUCAGAAAGAAGGGCUUCGUGUCUGGGAUAUAAGCACAGUCUCUUCAGUAAAUGAAGCAUUUGGAAGACGAGAGAGGCUUGUUCUCGGCAAUACAAGAAAUUCAUCUAUUAGUGGCCCUUUUGGGAGCAGGAGCUCAGAAACACCAAUGGAGUCUUAAUGAAGAUCAUGCAAUUUCCUGUUUUAUUUACCAUAACUCAGUUUUAAAAAGCUGGCCUAAAGAAUGUUCCCUGUGUAGCUGCAGCCAUCAAAAUGACUGGAACAAAACUGCCUGACAUUCCUCUCUGCAGCUAUGGUGGCAGCACAAACAGGGCUGGUCUUUGUGCUUACCUUUCAAGCGUGUGGUAUAUAGGGCUCCAUUUGUAUUUCUUGAAAGGGAUAAUAAAAACAGAUUUUCAAAAAAUUAUUCCUUAAAUAUGC